UUUGUUUUUUUACCCCAAAGAAAACCAACAACAAGAAGAAAAAACCCAGUAUUCUGUCAUCACUAUGGAGGCCAAAUGGCUGCUAUUUUUUACAAUGGCAGCACUAAUGGCAGUGGCAAACGGCCAGGAAUCAGUGAAGCCAUUGGUGAAGAUAGUUAAAGGCAAGAAACUUUGUGAUAAAGGGUGGGAAUGUAAAGGGUGGUCACAGUUUUGUUGUAACCAAACCAUUUCUGAUUACUUCCAAACUUAUCAAUUUGAGAACCUUUUCGCUAAACGUAAUACACCGGUGGCACAUGCGGUUGGGUUCUGGGAUUACCAUUCUUUCAUUACGGCGGCGGCUCAGUAUCAGCCUCAUGGUUUUGGUACCACCGGCGGUAAGCUGCAGAGCAUGAAGGAAGUGGCAGCUUUUCUUGGACAUGUCGGCAGCAAAACUUCAUGUGGUUAUGGAGUGGCAACUGGGGGACCAUUGGCUUGGGGUCUAUGCUACAACAAGGAAAUGAGUCCUAGCAAAUUGUAUUGUGAUGAUUACUACAAAUACACCUACCCUUGCACUCCUGGAGUUUCUUACCAUGGCCGUGGUGCCUUGCCUAUCUAUUGGAACUACAACUAUGGAGAAACAGGCGACGCAUUGAAGGUGGACUUAUUGAACCACCCUGAAUACAUAGAAAACAAUGCAACCUUAGCUUUCCAGGCAGCACUCUGGAGAUGGAUGACACCGGUGAAGAAACACCAACCGUCGGCCCACGACGUGUUUGUCGGCAGCUGGAAACCGACCAAGAACGACACGUUGGCCAAGCGGGUCCCGGGGUUCGGAGCCACCAUGAAUGUGCUCUAUGGAGAUCAAGUUUGUGGGCGAGGUGAUGUUGACACUAUGAACAACAUCAUCUCACAUUACCUUUAUUACCUUGAUCUAAUGGGAGUUGGGAGAGAAGAGGCAGGACCCCAUGAAGUGCUCACAUGUGAAGAACAAAAGCCUUUCACUGUAUCUCCUUCUUCUGCAUCAUCAUCAUCAUCUUGAUCUGGUUUUGGAUUUGAUAUUGGGUGAUUCAUUUCUUAAUUAGCCUCGUAUAUCUCCAUUGCCAAUGGAAGGGCCACUAUAAUAUAUAUAUAUAUAUAUACACACACACAUAUAGAUAUUUGAGAAAUUCAGUGUGUGAAUCCAUAUUACCCUUAAAAAUUAUGGAUGCUGUGUAAAUUUUGAGACACAUUGUCUUCACUUCAAUUGUAAUUGAUUAAUAAGUGUUAUUGAAUGAGUCACAUAUAACCAUUGCCAAAA